GGCCGCCAUCUUCAAUUUUAAAUGUUUGUUUUCUCUGACGUUUAAACUAAUGGUAUUUCUAUUUGUUCAGAUCUCCGAUUGCAGGAUGAAUCACGUAAUAGUACAAACGCUUGAAUAACAAAGUCCAGAAUGCAUAGUGCUAAAUUCUUGUCUAUAUCAACAGAAGAUUAAACCAAGCUAGCCUCCCCUCAUCCUCACUCUGCAGAUCUUCAAGCACAGAUUAGAGUAUAUGCGCCUGACUCUGGCGUAAUGAAGUAGAUGGGGGAAUCAAAGAACAUGGUGUUGAAUGGCAGGCGGCAUGGCAGCAGAUUCUCCAGUGAUCUAUCCAUAACCUCGGCCAGGUCGCUGCGACAGAGCAAGGGCUCCUUUAGAAGCAGGAGAUGUAGUCCACGUGUCAGCAGUUCUACCCUAGAGGCAGAGAGACGUCAUACCCCAUCAUCUGGUAUGACUGCAAAAGAGCUCUGUGAGAAUGAUGACUUGACUACAAGCCUUAUUCUGGACCCCUACCUCGGCUUCCAGACCCAUAAGAUGAAUCGGAGGUUUCGACCUGUCAAGGACCGACAUAGACAGUUGAAGGAGGUGCUAGAGUGCUUUAAAAAACAUGACAACCUUGAGAAGGCCUUCCAUGCCUUGACUGCAGGGGACUGGUCAAGACACCACUUUCCGCACAAGACGAAGGCACAGGGCAAACUCUUCAAAGAGCAUGUUUUUGUUUACCUACGAAUGUUUGCAACGAACAGUGGGUUUGAAAUACUUCCUUGCAAUCGUUAUUCCUCUGAGCAGAAUGGAGCCAAAAUUGUAGCAACAAAAGACUGGAAAACCAAUGAUAAGAUAGAAUACCUGGUGGGCUGCAUCGCUGAGCUAUCGCAGAAUGAGGAAAGUGUGUUACUGCGACAUGGAGAAAAUGACUUCAGUGUGAUGUACUCCACCCGCAAGAACUGUGCUCAACUGUGGCUGGGACCUGCAGCCUUCAUCAACCAUGAUUGCAGGCCAAAUUGCAAGUUUGUUUCCACUGGGCGAGAUACAGCUUGUGUCAAGGUUCUUGGGGAUAUUGAACCCGGAGAAGAGAUCUCCUGUUAUUAUGGAGAUGGCUUCUUUGGGGAAAAUAAUGAACUAUGUGAAUGUUACACAUGUGAAAGACGAGGUGCUGGUGCUUUCAAAUCGAAGACUGGACAGCCUACACCCACUCCAAUUAUCAACAGCAUGUAUGGCCUGAGAGAGACAGACAAACGUCUCAAUCGGCUGAAGAAACUAGAAGACAGCAAAUGCUCUGGCAGUCAGUUGGAAGGCUCUAAUAUGGAUCCAGACUCUCAGGAAAAUCAUGACACACAUCCAUCAGUAGGGAGGACAGCCCGCUCUAGUGUGACAAGGCUCAGUGACUCACAAGCUCUAAGCAGGCAAACUCUGUCCAAAAUGCCUAUCCCUACCUCAUCGUUCAAUCAAAGACACUCAAAGAACUCCAACGUGCCAAAGAGGCUAAAAUCAAAGUCCAUAAAGCCUUUGCUCAAGUUAGGAAGAAGGUGUCAGGUAACUGCCCACAAGUGCCCCAUUGAGGUGGAAGCUAUGGCUUUGUGCCUUAAAGACCCCACAGAAUUUGUCAAUAACAGGGUCUCACAAAAGAGAGAAAUGGAUAAGAAAGGGCCCGUGCAAGUGGUGGGAACAAGGGGUGAUCUUGAGCACUAUACUGCGAAGGAAAACCAUCAGAAAUCAGUGAAAGAUGUUAAUAGGUGCCCUGAUGGUUUAGCAUGCACUCACAGAACUCGCAGUUCAACCAGAGCAUCAGUUGGCACACAGGAGUCUGACAACAUUAAACUUGAACCAAACUUGCCACCCAUCCACUGCGGUGUGGUUAGUAAGACCAAGCCUAUGGACCUUGGAGAUUGUGUCACAGACAGUCACUGGAUGAACAGCUCAAGCCUGGAUAUCAGCUGUCCAAAGACUGAGAACUGUCACAGAUAUAAGCAAAUGAUAAAGCAGGAAGAGCACUCUUUCCGACCAGCAUCCCUUCUCAAGGAGGAGGUUUCAGACCUGCACCAUACAGCCUGCACCACAGACAUAGCUGAUGGCAGGAAAGAGCUGCAAGGCCUGCCUGAUGGUCAUGAGCCCUACAACCUGUCUAAGGGAGACAAGCUUCUCCACCUUGGCAAGGGGAAGAAGAAACAGCAGAUUACGCGCUAUGAUUCCCAGCUGAUCCUAGCCAACAACAACUCAGGUGUCCCCAAGUUGACCCUGCGGAGACGAAGGGACAGCAGCAGCAGUAGGAUUGAGCCUGGUGAUGCAGACCCUGUCAAGUCCUCCAGCUCCACAAAGACCAGCAUGAAAUUUGUUAAGGACCAUCAUGCAAAGACCAAGAGGAGUUCUUAUGCAGCCCGACUGAGUAAUGGGACUUUCAGUCCUGUGGACCACAUCCGCUCCUCCAAACAUGGCCUCAGCCCUGUGGACCACAUCCGCUCCUCCAAACAUGGCCUCAGUCCUGUGGACCACAUCCGCUCCUCCAAACAUGGCCUCAGUCCUGUGGACCACAUUCGCUCCUCCAAACAUGGCCUCAGUCCUGUGGACCACAUCCGCUCCUCCAAACAUGGCCUCAGUCCUGUGGACCACAUCCGCUCCUCCAAACAUGGCCUCAGUCCUGUGGACCACAUCCGCUCCUCCAAACAUGGCUUCAAUCCUGUGGAUCACAUCCGCUCCUCCAAACAUGGCCUCAGUCCUGCGGACCACAUCUGCUCCUCCAAACAUGGCCUCCGUCAUGUGGACCACAUCCGCUCUUCCAAACAUGGUCUCGGUCCUGUGGACCACAUCCGCUCCUCCAAACAUGGCCUCGGUCCUGUGGACCACAUCCGCUCUUCCAAACAUGGCCUCAGUCCUGUGGACCACAUCCGCUCCUCCAAACAUGGCCUCAGUCCUGUGGACCACAUCCGCUCCUCCAAACAUGGCCUCAGUCCUGUGGACCACAUCCGCUCCUCCAAACUGCAUAUUCAGCUGCAGCGUGAGCAGGACAGCAGGAGGCUCAGCCAGUAUCACCAUGGUACUGGGCCCUUCACAGGUAUAGUAGAGAGGGAAGCAGGGGAGGUCUUUGGGCCGACUGUAGCAACAUUUGGGAUGCAUGAUGACACAGAGGAAGACUCGUCCUCCUCUGAAGAAGAGGAUGAAGACGACGUCUCUGACUCUGACCAUGAAGAGUUCGACGAUUUCAUUCCACUUCCACCAACAAAACGCCUCCGCCUCAUUGUUGGUAAAGACUCUAUAGAUAUUGAUAUUGCAUCAAGGAGACGUGAAAAUCAGUCACGCACAGUCAAUGCAUGAGCUUUAUGGAUCUUUAUUUGACUAGUUGAUUUAAGUCAACAAAACAAAAAAAAUCCCAUGCUGUUGUAAAAUGUUAACUAUUUUUGUACAUGAUGGAACUUGAUUUGUUAUUCAUAUAGUAGAAUGUGUAUAUUUUACAUAGCAUAUGUGUAGGCCUUUAUUUUUAUAUCUUCAGCUUUAUUUUGUACAAUUGUUAAUUAUAUUUAAAGCCUUUUCUUGUUUGUGGGGUAAACAUGCUAAAUUUUGCUUCACUGACAUUCACAAGAAUGGAACCUUUUGGGAACACACUUGAUGUGCUUUUGUCCGCAUGGCAGUGUAUACAUGCAUAUAAAAUAAUGUGUUUUAUAUAUUGUUUUGAGAGUUUGAAAGGAACAGAAUUGUUUCUUGCUGGAAGUCUGUGAAAAUGUGUUUGACUUCCAGUGAUUCCUGGGAGCUGGUCUGUGACAUUUUUGACCCAUUUUUAAUAAUUCCUUCAUUAAUCAAAAUGUCUUGGUGAUUAUGUAUUAUGUUAACUUUUCAGUUUGUGAAGAGAGAGAUUUUCUUUUUAUUCUAUUCAUUUCACUAAGUCACUCAAUUCUCAAACUGUACCACUUCUCAGUCUCCGUUUUAACAAUCACAAAUUCAUUACAACUUACUUGGUCUGGCAUUGGGAGUGUAGAUAUUCAAACACUUUGAAAAUCAGAUUUUUUUUCUUUGACAUUUUGUUCACCAUUGGUUCAUCUGUAUGACUUUCUGUCUGCUGUGCUUGAAUGAUGUGCAUGUCUCAACUUCUUAAAUGGCUCUAUCGUUUUUUUAUACUAGGUUGAUUUUAAAGUCGGUUGUACAACUUUGGUGGACCUGUCACUGUAUGCUGUCAUUCGUAGGCUACUGUCUGUGGUCUUGAUUAAGCUACACUACAUGGCCAAAAGUUCGUCGAACAUCUCAUUCCAAAAUCAUGGGCAUUAAUAUGGAGUUGGUCCCUCCUUUGCUGCUAUAACAGCCUCCACUCUUCUGGGAAGGCUUUCCACU